AAAAUGUGUCCCGAAGCGGAGGCGAGCCAAGCUUUGUGUCAGGCGCACGCUCGCGGCUAGUUGUUUAGUUCGUUCAGUGAAAAUGAGACGCCACGUCCACUGAUAUUGAAAAUUCACCGCGUUCAAGAAAAUAAAUCUGAAGUUUUUCAUACUAUAAGCUUUACAAUAAACAUACUUUUUAGUGUUUCAUAUCUCUAACAUGGAGGACCUCGACAAAGAACAAAUCAACAUUUUGAAGAAAGCUUUUGAAGCAUUCGACCAAGAGAAAAAGGGUUGUAUAGGAACAGUCAUGGUGGGUACAAUCCUAGGCAUGCUGGGGCACCAGGUCUCUGACGAAAGUCUUCAAGAAAUCAUUACCGAGGUAGAUGUUGAUGGUUCUGGUGAAUUGGAGUUUGAAGAAUUUGUAACAUUAGCAUCACGGUUCAUGGUGGAAGAAGACGCGGAAGCAAUGCAACAAGAACUAAAAGAGGCAUUCCGUUUAUACGAUAAAGAAGGUAAUGGUUACAUCACAACUACAGUAUUAAGAGAGAUCCUAAGAGAAUUAGAUGAUAAAAUCAGCGCUGAAGAAUUGGAUAUGAUGAUUGAAGAAAUUGAUUCUGAUGGUUCAGGAACCGUUGACUUUGAUGAAUUCAUGGAAGUGAUGACGGGAGGAGACGACUAAAUAUAAGCAAAAUAAGUAACAUACAUUUUUAUAUCUAUUGAAAUGUCAUAAUAACGUUCCUAA